AUGUCAAUUCUAGCAGACUCAAUUUUGUCUAGCAGGUGGGGCUAUAGAGAGACACUUUACUCUGCUAUAUGUCUAGUGGGUGAGGCUAUAGAACGACACUUCACUGCACAGGACAAGACACAGAGAAUGAUGUUGUUUAUAGGUGAGGAGUACACGGUCAGCAGCCGAGUCCAGUGCAGCAUGCGUUGUACCAGGUCACAGAAGGUCUGCUACAGCUUCAUGUAUGACAAGAUGUCAGGCAAAUGUCAGCUAGGCUCUUGGCUGCUCCCAACGAACCAAUCGGUCACCAAACCCCAACCUACCCUCCACUCCGACAGUCAGCUAUGUAACACCACGGAGAACGUCGCGCUCCUAGCCAAUGGGAACCUGAGCUCGUGUGACGUCACAGCUUGCGCAGGCAGCGCUAUACCUACUGUCAACAACCCAACCUUUGACCCACAGAAUAUUCCCACUUACAGAACGUGCAAAGAUGUGCCGAGCGGGAAUUCCCGACAAGUGGUGCGACUGACCUCUGGGCUAGUGGUCAUGUGUGACACAACCACAAGUGGGGGAGGCUGGACCGUUAUACAGAGACGUGUGUCUGGGGAUGUCUCGUUUAACCGGAGCUGGGAAGAUUACAAGAAGGGCUUUGGGGAUUACGGCAAUGGCAACUUCUACCUGGGCAAUGAGAACAUUUACUGCAUCAGCUCCAAAAGUCAACACGAACUUAGGAUUGACAUCACCUACAAUGGGAGCAACUACUACCAAGUUUAUUCUGGAUUUCAGCUGUCGGACGAGGCGAACAACUACACACUACAAUACAAUUCCAAUUCUGGUACCGCGGGAGAUGGACUUGGUGUCCACAGAAAUCAGGGGUUCUCGACAUUUGAUCGGAGGAAUUCAAGCUGUGCUGUUUGGUAUAGUUCAGGCUGGUGGUUUAAGAGUUGCUUCCAGGCAAAUUUAAAUGGGUUGUUUGGUACCACUGCAGAAUAUGUUGGGCUAGUUUGGAAACCUACUACCAAUUGGUACAGUGCGACAUCUAGUGAAAUGAAAAUAAGGUCCGUUUAA